UCUUGACUCCAUCGAUAAAAGAUUUACAUCCUACUAAAAGAAAACAUUUGCUAAAAAAUGGCUGUACACAUAAAGAGACAGUUCAGUUUGAAGUUAUUUGUAUUGUACUCAGUCAAAAAAGUCUACAGAUGGCGUCACGUGAUCAUGUCACUUCUGCUAGUCGCGCUCGUCUUGUGUUUCUACAUUAUUUUAAUCUUCGGAGUGCCGUUCGAAAUCAAAAAGUCUGCCCCCAAGCCAAUCAAGAUGGAGUUUAUCAACGCCUCUGACUCUACAAGUGUGAAAGCCUUUGCGAACAAGUGGGUUGGGUUUCCGCACUUAAGUUACAUCAACUGUCAGGAAGUUCUUACGUAUCCAAUCACUAACGAGGCGUUUGAAAAGACGGUGCAUCGUGUUGCUGACUCAGCUCUCGCAACGGAAAGUUCCGAUUGUCCCAGCUUCCGGACAAAGCAUGGAUUUCACAGAUUUCCCAACAUCACGGAAGAAGAACGGGAAUUCCCCAUCGCUUUUAUUGUUUUGUUUCACAAAGACCUAGAUCAGGUUCUGUUUCUACUUCGGGCCAUCUACAGGCCACAUAAUGUGUACUGUCUGAGUGUGGACUUGAACUCGGGGCCAACAUUCAUUCAGCACGUCCGGUCAGUCAUAACCUGCCUUCCCAAUGUCUUCCUGGCCAAGACCCUGGAACCAAUCGUCUACGCCGGCUUCAGCCGUCUCAUGGCAGAUAUUCAUUGCAUGAAGGAGCUACUGACUAGUCCAGUGAGGUGGCGCUAUCUAGUGAACAUACCGGGACAACAGUUUCCCCUGAGAACAAACCUGGAGAUGGUUAAAAUCUUUAAAAUUUACAACGGCGCCAAUGACCAGCUCGGUGUCUCUGGGAAGAAGUCUUUGCCGAGACGUUACAAGAUCAAACAUCACGUGGUUUGGGACAAGAAAACAGGUAGAAAUAUCACAGCAGAGUCAGUGGGUAGAUAUCCUCCUCCACCGCACAACUUUCAGAUCGUGAAGGGAAGCGCCUAUGGAACAUUCUCCAGGGCCUUCGUGGAGUUCGCCAUGACAGAUCGUAGGGCUCAUGACCUGAUUGAGUGGUCACGGGGCAUUGAGAGUCCAGACGAGUACGUUUGGUCAACUCUCCAUCAUACGAAGAUAAUGAAAGUUCCUGGAGGAUUUACUGGUGACCCAGAAAGUAAGAGGUCUAUGACGACCUUCGUAGCCUGGCAACGCGAAGUCCCUUGUGAGUCCAUACAUGUCAGGUGGAUUUGUAUUUUCUCGGCAGCUGAUUUGCCUAUGCUGAAGAGGAGACCGGAACUGUUUGCCAACAAGUUCUACAUCGACCUUCACCCUGUGGCCCUACACUGCCUCGAUCAGUACAUUUUCAAUCUUACCAUCACCAAUCAAGUCAGAGACUUGCAGUUGUAUCGGGAACUUCCGUUUAUUUUGACCAAGCAGAGACCAACGUUGAUGAAUACGUAAUUUACCUCCUGGUUACCAUGACUACAAACAUUUGGAUUCGGCUAAUAACAAUAUACUAUGCAACAGUUAUGAUAUGUUACUAAGAGACUUUAUCAUUUUAUAUUUAGCGGCGCUAAUGUUUUUCCAACAUCUUGUUUUCAAAUUGUAAAAAGAUUAAAAUAUGUAGAGAAAAAAUAA